AUCAUUUGGCUGCGCUGUAUAUAUAUAUAUAUAUUAUAUAUAACUUGCCUCACCUCCUCUUUUUUAGCGCGUUUGAGUUUCCCUUGCGAAGCAGCUGUGGCAAGUGGUCAUGUUUCAUGUAGAAUGAUAUCAUGGCUGGUGCAGUGCAACACGACAACUACUCGCACUGCUUGUGAUUCUUCCACUUGGCCAUCCCUGACUGCUUAUGGCGUCCGGCCAUGACCAGGCGCAUUAAGGGGUCGAUGGGAAGACAUCAUGGCAGUACGGGAAAAAGCCUUGCACAGCGUCACAGCAGCAUGGCAUGAGAAGGUCCAGGUAGCGGGCUACCCGGCCCAUGUCCGGUAUGUUGGUGAGACCCACUUUGCGCCUGGAGAGUGGAUUGGAGUCGAGCUGGAACCAGCUGUCGGCAAGAAUGACGGCUCUGUGAAUGAGCACCGGUAUUUUGCCUGUAAAGCAAAUCAUGGACUGUUUGUCCGCCGAAUGGUCGUGAAAGCUGCACCUCAGAUGCCCGAAGGGACGGAAGGUGUGGAGCCAGGCCCUUCCUCUGGUGUACAGUUUGCAGAUUGCAUUGCAGAAGACAUGCCUGUUGAGAGAGUUCAAUCCAGUGAGGAUGACGAGGUGACUGAGGUUGAAGAGGUAAUGGUGCCAACCAAGUCUAUCCGGCGUGGCGGCAUUUCGGCAGAAGCAAUGCGUGACCAGGGUGACCAGUGGCAACCACCAGUCUACGCGAAGAGUGAGGAGCAGACGCAGCAACUGAGACGAGUGAUUGAGAGCUCGCACGACAGCAAGCUGCGGAUGAUGUUCGGCAAUCUUUCGCAGAAAGGCCUGGAGAAGGUGGUGGAGGCCAUGUUUCAGAAAGCUGUGUGCAAGGGAGAGACCAUCAUCAAGUACGGCGAUGAAGGAGACAACUUCUACAUCGUCAAAAGCGGUAGGUUUGACAUUUUCGCGUACCGCAACAUUCAGCAGGCUGAUGAUGACCUGACAGACGCUAGCGCACGGAUGGUGAAGGUCUUUGAAGCUGGUGAAGGCUUUGCAUUUGGCGAGACCGCCUUGUUGUACAAUGCCCCAAGGUCGGCCACCAUCACUGCCAGUGAGGACUCAGAAGUAUGGUGCCUUGAAAGAAAGGCGUUUCGAGAAUUGGUGAUCAGGGCAUCUGAGCAAAAGUUCAAAGAGUACUCAGAGUUCCUGAAGCAGUGCGACGUCUUCGAAGAGUUGGAUGUGGAGCAAAUUGCAACCCUGGCUGAGGUAGUUGAUGAGGAGGACUUCAACACGGAUGAGGCAAUCAUUCAGCAGGGCGGGCGCGACAGCAACAUGUUCAUCAUCCUGAAAGGGCAGGCCGUGGCAUGCAUUGCGGGUGAGAAAGGAGAAGUUCAGGUGAAGACCUAUGCCAAGGGCGACUUCUUUGGGGAGAUUGCCUUAUUGUUGGGUGAGCCCCGCAAGGCUAGCAUCUACGCGAAGGGCGAUGUUACCUGUUUGGUGAUCACCAAAGACGUCUUCGAUCGGGUCCUCGGGCCACUGCGAGACUUUCUGAAAAGAAAUCUUGAACGGUACGCCAAAUACCAAGAUGCAAUCGAGCAAGGCGGAGAACUCCGGGAAGCUCCGGAGGAUGACUUCAACAUGCGGAAGGAGAAAGAGGAGCAGCCAGAAGCCCGGAGAGUUGAGGAACAAUCUGGUGAGCAGGACGAGCCAAGACCUGCACCACGCCGUCGUCUGCUCAAGAAGGCUGACCGAGCACACACGGUGUACAACGUGAAAAUCAAGUUGGAAGAUUUGGACUUGGAAGAUGAGGAUGCGGAGGAUAAGUCGACCAAAGAGGAGACCAAGGAAAGCCAUAGGAAAGCUGAAGAAGGGGAACCGAAGCAAACUCUCGCCGAGCGGGUGGAGCAGGACUGGAAGAAGCCUCAAUUGGUUGAGGCCGACAGGGCAUUUGCUGUGCCGAAAAGCAAGUAUUCUGUCUUUGGUGGGCUUCGCAAAGGAGAGAAGUUUACCGUCGACAAGAAGGUGAUUGUUCGCACAGAGGUAAAGUCCUUGCGCGAUGGUAUGGAGGACCUCUACCGCUGGUCGGGACCAACAUGGCUCAAGGGUCAGAUCCACAUGGCGGUAGUGUGCCAGAAGGGGCAGAAGUCUGCUGCUGACCCCACGCCCAAUCAGGACAACUAUUUUGCACACCAUGUUGGGCCAAUCGGGCUGUACGGUGUUUGUGAUGGUCAUGGACCUUUCGGCCAUUUGGUCUCGUUCAGACUGGUGCAGUCCUUGCCGCACUUUAUUGCGUCCAACCCCAACUGGGGAGAGGACUGGGGUCUUUGCCUCAAGGAAGCCUUCCUUGCAGCCCAGAAAGAGCUCAUCGAGUUUGCUGCGCGCGAAGGCUUCAACUUGGAAGCGUCUGGUGCUGCUGGUUCAGUUCUGAUUUUUGAGGGACCAUCCAUCCAUGUGGCGCAUAUAGGUGACGCAGGCUGUUUGGUCGGGUCGUGGAACCGCCACGACUCGCGGGUAGUCUAUGGCGCACAGGAUCACAAGCCAGACACCCCAGGCGAGCGUGAGCGAUUAGAGGCUGCUGGCAGUGAAGUGCGUCAGGUGGAUGUGGAGAGCUACAGGAUAUACAUCAAGGGGACAAACUUCCCAGGUCUUACCAUGUCCAGGGCCUUCGGCGAUACUGCUUGUGCAGGCGUCUUGCAGGAGCCGCAUUACCAUCAAAUGUUUAUUCAGCCGUCCGAUGAGUUCUUUGCUGUCAUAGCUUCUGACGGCAUUUGGGAGUUCAUCGACUAUACCAAAGCAGUAGAUUUGACGGCCAAAAAGCUCCGUUUGAAGGGCCCUCGUGAGGCAGCAAGGAACCUGGUCGAUGCGUCCAGGAAGCGCUGGGCAGCAUAUUGCGGCGAGUAUUGUGAUGACAUUACGGCAUUGGUGGUCAAGUGGAACGUCAGUGCAAAGGGUGCUGACACAAGUACGAACCACGAAUUUUCGGUCGCGCACCCUGAGUGAUUGCUCCGAGGAUUGGCGUUUGUUGCAAACGAUUGCAAGGCUGUUUUCAGAGCCUUGACGGGGCAAUGGAUCAAACAACUGUAACAACAUUGAAGGAC